AUGAAGUCCGCCGUUUUCUUCUACGUUCUUAGCACCGCCCUCGCGGCUCCAACCCGUACCAUCGAGGAACGUCAGCUGUCUGCCCUGGGUGGCUCUAGCACUGAUAGCGGCCUGGGUGCUCUUUCAUCCAUCUUCUCUGGUAUUGGUGGUUCAAGUGAUAGCUCCUCUACUGGGGGCUUAUCCAGCCUUGAAUCACUCAUCCCCAGCAUGGGUGGCUCUAGCGGUAGCUCGGAUUCCUCCAGCAGCGGCGGUCUGCCUGAUCUAUCCAGCCUGCUCGGUGGUGGUUCUUCUUCAUCUAGUGGCCUUGGUGCGCUGUCUUCCCUCAUCCCCAGCAUGGGAAGCGGUUCAUCCACCGGCUCUGGCAUCGGUGCCUUGUCCUCUCUCAUCCCCAGCUCUGGAAGCAGCGGUCUUAGCGGUCUCUCCAGUCUGGGAACGCGACAACUAGGCGCAUCUACCACCGAGAACGGAGUCACCAGCAACCAGGGCUGCCAGCCGUUGACCUUCAUCUUUGCCCGUGGUAGCACUGAGAUGGGUAACAUGGGCUCCGUCGUCGGACCCGAAGUCGCCUCUGCACUUAAGUCCCAACUGAACAACAAGGUCACCGUGCAGGGUGUUACCUACGAUGCCGGAAUCGCAAGCAAUGCCGAGAUGGGUGCCAACGGCGGCCCCGUCAUGGCUAAGCUGGUUAAGCAGGCUCUUAGCCAGUGCCCCCAAACCAAGGUCGUUGUUGGCGGUUACUCCCAGGGCUCCAUGGUUGUCCACAAUGCCGCCAGCAGCCUUAGCUCCGGCCAGAUCAGCGCUGCGGUUCUCUUCGGUGACCCAUUCAAGACCCAGGCUGUUGGAAAGCUUGCCAGCAGCAAGGUCAAGGAGUACUGUGCCUCUGGUGACCCCGUCUGUGAGAAUGGAUUUAAUGUCAUGGCUCAUAUUACCUACGGCAGUGAUGCGAAGGAGGCUGCUACUUUCUUGAUCCAGGCUUCUGGAGUCUCGUCUUCCUAG